GAUCGCCGGUCCGCUGUGUCCCUCGGACACAGCGAAUCACAGAGCCGAAGAUGUCGGCUCCGUCAUGUGAUCAGCUGUGUCCAAUCACAGCUGAUCACAUGGCAUUGAUGAUCAGUGUGACCCCAGAAGUGCCACCUGUCAGUGCUCAUCAGUGCCAAUGCCCAUCAGUGCCACGUGCCAGUGCUCAUUAGUGCCACAUCAAUGCCACAUAGUGCAUACCAGUGCACAUCAAUGCCACAUAUCAGUGCCCAUCUGAGCUGCCUUUCAAUGUCACCCAUCAGUGCCGCCUAUCAGUGCUGUAUCAGUGCUGCCUUUCAGUGCCCAUCAGUGCAACCUACCAGUGCCUCCUCAUCAGUGUCCAUCAGUGCCACCUAUCAG